GCUCCCGGCGGCGUGUUCCUCUUUUCCCGGGAUCCCAGCGUCCCAGCAGGUGGACCCCGGCUCUUCACAGUCAGCCUCCGGCUCCGGCUUGCGCUGUGCUCCGGUCCCUCGCUUCUCAGUCCCCCAGCUUCCGGGGCCGCUGCUCUGGCCCGCACGCCUCCGCCGGCGACAGACCCAUGGCCGAGCGCGGGGAACUCGAUCUGACAGGCGCCAAGCAGAACACCGGAGUGUGGCUGGUCAAGGUUCCUAAAUAUUUGUCACAGCAAUGGACUAAAGCCCCUGGAAGAGGUGAAGUUGGGAAACUGCGGAUUGCCAAAAAUCAAGGAAGGACCGAGGUGUCAUUUACUUUGAAUGAGGAUCUUGCAAACAUUCAUGAUAUUGGCGGGAAACCAGCUUCAGUCAGUGCUCCUAGAGAACAUCCAUUUGUCUUGCAAAGUGUUGGAGGACAGACAUUAACGGUGUUUACUGAGAGCUCAUCAGAUAAGCUUUCACUGGAAGGAAUAGUGGUACAAAGAGCUGAAUGCCGACCUGCUGCCAGUGAAAACUACAUGAGAUUAAAGAGAUUACAAAUAGAAGAAUCUUCCAAACCUGUGAGGCUAUCACAGCAACUAGACAAAGUUGUGACAACCAAUUACAAACCUGUUGCUAAUCAUCAAUACAAUAUUGAAUAUGAAAGGAAAAAGAAAGAAGAUGGGAAACGAGCUCGAGCUGAUAAACAACACGUUUUAGACAUGUUGUUUUCGGCCUUUGAGAAGCAUCAAUAUUAUAAUCUUAAGGACUUGGUGGACAUCACAAAACAGCCUGUGUCGUACCUGAAGGAAAUCUUAAAAGAAAUUGGUAUUCAAAAUGUAAAAGGGAUCCACAAAAACACGUGGGAGCUGAAGCCAGAGUACAGACAUUAUCAAGUAGAAGAAAAGAGUGAUUAAGAAGACUCGAAGCCUGCCUGCUAACAGAACAACUAAAGGGUGAUGCGCUAAGCAAACGGCCUUGAUACGUGAAAUCCUUGAGCACCAUCUGUUGUAGGGGGAAAAUGACUGGUACUUUAAUUUCUCUAGGUAAAUUUUUUAAACAAUAAUUCUUGUCAAGUUGCUUAAGUGAUUUUUGAGGAAAAAGAACACAUUUAUUUAUACUUAAUCAGAUUAUUCAUGAUGCGGUUGGGGGUUGAAGAAGGCUUUUCUUUUUAAAUAUUAACUUUUAAAAUGUAAAAUUAGGAAAUGUUUUCUAAAUGAGGACUCCCUGUACUUGUUUCUCUCUGAGGAGCUGAAGUGAUACAGAUCCAAACCGAAUGGCAUAGCAGGAAAAAAGUAGUCAACUACAGAAACUCUCAAAAGGGAUUAAAAAGAGUUCCUUCAUCUGAAACUGUCGAAGAACAAAGCUGUCUUUAUUUUUUUUAACAGGUGUCUGUGUUUCAUGUUCACGCACAUUAAUGAAAGGAUAGCAUUUAUGUUUGUACUAAGAUAGCUGUCUUCAUCAUUAGCUUAUUUUAUCCUAGCGAUAGUGACAUGGGAAAUGGAAAAAAUCAUGGUCAAUUAGUCUUUCUUUCUUUCUUCUUUUAAAAUAAUUAGAAAUUGGGAAUUCCCUGGCCAUCCAGUGGUUAGGACUCCGCACUCUCACUGCUGAGGGCCCAGGUUCGAUCCCUGGUCGGGGAACUAAGAUCCCACGAGCCCUGUGGUGUGGCCACAAAAAAAAGAAAAGAAUAAAAUCAUUAGAAAUUAAGUACUUUUCCAGUUCAAGAUAUUUAUCCCCCACCCAGAUUAUAAGUUUCUCAAAGACUGACUUUGCCCCCCAACUUUUCCUGCACCCUCGGCGGGUGUGCACCGACUCUUGCUGGUUACAGACUAGAUGCGGGUUGUAGGGGUGAGGCUGAUAGGUGCAGACAGAAAGGUUGAUGCCAGUCCCUGGGGAAUGAAAGUGCUUCUUUUAUCUUUCUCUUUAAUUAAUUUAAAAUAAAAGCAAUACAUGUCCAUGGUUAAAGUCUUUCUAGUACAAAAUGUUAUAUAUUAGGUAAUCCAAAAGCAUACCCAUGAACAAGACCAUCAGAACCAAAGAAGCUUUAGCAAACUAAACACAAUGAAAAGCGUCUUCUUUACCUGUUAAUUUUGUCAGCUGCAGCCAGGAAGCAGCAAAUGCCAAAAUUUGUUAAUGUCAUGUAAUUAAAGCAAAUCAAGGAAAUAAUCUAUCCACUGAGAUAAAUAUUUUCCUGUAUUAUUUGAUUUUUAGCAGCAGAGCACCAGAAUGCUGAGGCUGGGUACCACUGCAUUACGAACAAUUUUGUCCUUGCAUUCCCACUGUAAAAUAAAACUGAUUGAGGAGGGUGGUCCCGUUCCCUCCCCUACCUCCAAUUGUCUUAUCCUUCCUUGCUGUGGCACAGGAACCAAAUGUUGUAUCCCCAUUACCUUUCGAUUCCUAGUUACAUAAGCCUCGGUGUCAGAAAGCAGAUGGACAAUGGUGUGAUAAAUCCGUAUAGAGCUGAGAAUUCGGGACACCUGUCAUGCGCUUUGUUCAUAGUACAUACCUUCCCCCCAAACCUUGUCUUUUUGGAGGUAUGGUACUGCCUUGAAACAGACCUGUGUCUCCUCUACCCCUGCCUUUUGUUUUUGUGGUGACAACACCUGCCAGAUGGAACUUGCUGGCUGCUGGUAGAGUUUCCAGGGCAGAACUUUGUCUCAUUUGAAGCUAUGCUUUGGUAUUUUCUGCAAACCUGGUUUCUUUAGCUUGUUUUAGUGACCUUGUACCUCAUCACACCUGAUAGUAUCUGCUUGUGUCUCUUCAACAACUUGUUAUCUCAGUAGGAUAGCUAAUCUAGGUGGUUGACUGGUGCCGUUCCUGAUUAAUGUUUUUGAAAUUGCUUUCUUAUUUAGUACAAAAAUACAGCUAUUGGCCAUGGAGGAGACUCUCCCUUCCACCUAGGUUCCCUUUUUUCUUUUAUUCCAGGAUUCUCUUGCCCUGAUAAACAUGGUUUUGGCAGCCAAACAUCCUAAACCCUUAUAACCACUGUGAGAUGGAGAGAGAGGAAGGCUGAUAAGGGAGAUACACAUCUGGUAAGAUGUCACAUCGUAAGAGGAGAGGAAGGCCAUAUUUAACAAAUGAGAUUGUUAAACUCAACUAGUGCACCCACUUUGGGGAUAUUUUAACUGACAGAAUGUAAUAAGAUUAUAGUUGCUGGGCAGUGGAAAGCUUUGAAAUCACAUGUUGCCACAGUAACAUCUAAAAUGAUAUAUCUUAAAAAAGUAAACAGGUUCUGCUCUGUUGUAACAGAAGCAGCUCUCCUGGAUUUCAGCAGAGUUGCAUUUGUUCCUAAUGGUCUGUGAAUACAUUUUCUUUGAAGCUGUUUUCAUCAUUGUUGGUACAUAUUAGUGGUAAUGAGAGUAAACAGUGCCUGGCCAUAUGUUAAAUGCUCUAAAAUAUUAUCUCAUUUAAUCCUCAGAAUUAGUGCUAAGACAUUAUUUUUUUUUAAUUUAGAAGUAUACCUUAUAUAAACACUGUUACAUCAGUAAUAUAGUGUUUUGUCAUUUUAUUUUUAUAACCUCUUUAUAAACUAAAAAUGAACACGUAUUAUACAGAGACAUUGAAAUGACAUGUACGGUAUUUGUUCAGUUACUCUUGCCUAAGAGAUAGUCAGGUUCUUUCUAGUUUAAAAUCUAUUUCUGUGUCUCUGAAAUGAAAAGAAACUAAUGAUUCAACAUAUACUUAGGUCUAAUCACUAGAUGCCCUUCUGCUCUACAGUGAACACCGUCAAUAUCAUCAGGCAGUUAGCUUGACGAGCAUAAACAUAUUAACUUUAUUAAUGUGCUUAUUAACCUUAUUAAUAAACUUGUUAACCACUCUCUCUUACAGAUAUUUUAUGCUAUUGACUAAAUGCUUCUUUUUUAUUAUUAAAGCUUUGCUUAAUUGUGUAAGUAACACAGGCCCAUGUAACUACAUAAACGAUCUAGAGAUAUGUGGUGUAAUGACCAGGUGUUACACAUGGAGAGGCACAUUGCAGCAAUUCAGUAGUGACACACUUCAGCAGAUGCAAUCAGAUCUCUCCCGGGUUAUAAGUUAGUGCUAAGUAAGAGGUAGAUAAUGUC